AUGCGAAGCACAACUCUUAUAGCAGUUCUCGCUGCCUGCAGUCCUAGCACUGCAGCAGUCUGCAAAUCGACCCCUUUGGACUCUGAUUGGCCUCAAGCAUCUGAAUGGGCAGCAUUGAAUCGCACACUCGGUGGUGUUCUUCUGCAAACCCGUCCGGUUGCAUCGGCAUGCUACCCUGGCAAUCCCUUCAACUCUACUCUUUCCUGCAAUGAGGUGGAAGAUCAGUGGAACUCGACAUACUUCCAUGCUACCCUUCCAGAGUCUAUCGAUUUCUCGCUUUGGACAAACAGCUCGUGUGUACCUCCUGGAACCGAAGGUUACAUUGAAGGCAGACCUUGUACUCUCGGACUCUACCCGGCAUACAUCGUCAACGGCACAUCAAAUGAUGUGAUUGCAAAGGCAAUGCGCUGGGCUUCGCACCGUAACAUCCGCAUCAAUGUCAAGGGAACUGGUCAUGAUCUCGACGGCCGAUCAACUGGUGCCCACUCUCUCUCUAUCUGGACUCACCACCUGAACAACAUCACUUUCGAGUCGAACUGGAAUAAGACUGAAGACGUUGUUCAUGUUGGCAGUGGCCAGCAAUGGGGCAAUGUUUAUGAUGCUGCAGCGAAGCUCGGCAAAGUGGUCAUUGGUGGUGCAGAUGGAUCUGUAGGUCUCGGUGGUCACAUUCAGGGUGGAGGUUAUGGACCCCGUAGUGCCACAUACGGUCUUGCGCCCGAUCAAGUUUUGCAAGUCACUGUCGUGACAACUCAGGGCGAUGUUCUCGUUGCGAACAGCACCGCACAUCAAGAUCUGUUCUGGGCUGUUCGCGGCGGUGGAGGUGGCAGUUACGGCGUUGUUACCGAGUACGUACUCAAAGCCUAUCCAGCUCCUGCCAACUCCGUAGCCGGAACAUUGGCAAUCAGUGCCGGCAAGAAUGCUACUGGCAACAUUACCUGGGACGCCUUUGCUGUCUUGCUCAACCACAUCCCUGACCUCAUGGACCAAGGCCUCUGGGGCAAUGCUAUUGCAUUUGGGUCAACACCCGGCGAAGUCUCGGCUACAGUCCAACUGUCCGCAUACAACAGCACUGCAGCCAACCUGACUGCUCUAGUUGAACCUAUCAUCGCAGCCAUUCGCAACACCACUGGUGGCAGGAACUCCAGCCUCUCUCUACAAUGGAGUGAGCCUACAGUGGCUCCCUUCGAUCGCAACAGUAGCUCCAAAACACCCUCCAACACCGCAGGAUCCGGAGGCUUGGAGACCAGCCGUCUGCUCGGCCGUGCCCAACUCACUCUUCCUUACAAGCAAGUAUCAUCCUACCUCCGCCGCAUCAUGUACACGGAGCCUGGAAGCGGAAGAGCUAUGCUCAUCCUGGGCCUCAUGGCCGGCCCCGGCGUCAACAACACACCUCUCGAACGUCAAGGCGCCGUGAACCCAGUCUGGCGCUCCACCUACGUGCACGCCAUCUCCGGCUCCGGCCCCGCCUCCGACGAGACCGACUCUCCAUCUCAAAUCAUCAAGAAAUCUGCAGAGUGGUAUGAAGUCAACAGAGAAGCGGUCUGGCGCGAAUGGGCGCCCAACACAGGUGCCUACAUGAACGAAGCCAACCCUUACAAUUCGAACUGGAAACAUGAUUUCUUUGGUGUCAAUUAUGAUAGACUUGCUGCCAUCAAGAGAAAGUACGAUCCUAGUGAGUCGUUGUAUGCGGUCUCUAGAGUUGGAUCCGAGUGGCGGGAUUACGAUAUGCAGAACGGAAAGCUCUGCAGAGUUGAAUAAAGUUACUGUAGAGAAUUUGGUGUAAGAGAGGCUGGGCACAUCCAAACAGAAAAGUUAACCAUGUAGAAAUAGCAUAGAGAUGUGUAGAGGAACUGCUCAAUGUACAAUCAACAC